ACUAGACCAACUUAUCUUUGUUUAGUGUUAUUAGCACUCCGUUUUUAGCUGGCCUUGUAUCAGCGUGUUGUUCCUGCUUUUGUCCUGUACACAGAAUUUUAAACGUACAAAUAAAAAAACACCUGAGCAUCCUUUGAGGAUCUGUGCAGUUAAGAGUGUGCCCACCAUGGCCAUGGCCACACCCACACCCACACCUUUAAAACUUGUUACAUGGAACACUUGUGGAGUCAGAGACACUGCUGAAGUCCCUGACAAACAUUUGAAGAUUCCAGAAACACUGAAAGAAAUAGAUGCAUCUGUUGCAUUUCUUCAAGAGACACAUAUAGGUCCCAAAAAUGUUGGACAUGUUAACAACAUUAGGGGCUGGAAAUCAUUUUUUAGUGUUCACCAUCCACGUAGUAAAGGUGUUGCAAUACUGAUAAAGAAGGAAUUGCCUUUUGAAUAUAUAAAUGUGGACGUCGACCCCACUGGUAGCUACAUUGUACUUAUCUGCACAUUAUUUGGGAAAUGCUUCACUCUGGUUAAUGUAUAUAACCAUGUAAAAGAACACAAGGUCCUACAACGUCUGUCUGAAUAUCUUUGUCAGACAGCUAAAGGUGUCUUGAUAGUUGCAGGGGAUUUCAAUGCAAUUUUAAACACAGAUCUUGACAGAGAGCACCAAACUGGACAUUAUGAACCCCUCAGACCUUAUCUCGAAGAAUUCAUAUCUUCUUUAAUGCUCAUAGAGAUCUAUGGAAGUUUACAUCCUGACUCACUUGAUUCAUUUACUCGGUUUCCAUGGGAGCCAUCUGGUACACGAAUAUCAACCGAAGCCGAAACAUCCAAAAAACAAAAAACUACAAAAAGUGCAUCAAGGCUGGACAUGGUCCUUAUGCCACGUACUACUGUGCAACUCAUUGAAAGUUGUGAAAUCCUCAAAAUUUCUGAUAUUUCAGAUCACCACCCUGUAAUUCUGAGUCUGCAUUUGCCGAAAUCACAUGACACUGAAGCGGUUCCCUCAACAGAUCAGUCAGCUUCUACAUCAGACAGCUGUGAUAUAGGAGGUGAAAUCUGUGAGGCUGAAGUUUUGAAAGCUUUAAUGUCUCUUAUAGAAUAUGAAACACCAUUAGGGGAGAAACUGGAAAACUUCAAGAGAAACAAAGAGCAAAAUUCAAAAGAACUUAAAGCCCAUUUCAACCAAAUGAUCAGGAAAAGCAUACCAAAAGAUUUUACUAUCAGUGAAGAAAAUCAAGGGUGGCACAUUUUUACAAUAGAGUACAUAAUACUUGCCACAAUAUUUGCUAGGCGAGUGGAGAAAUUCCUUCAACCAUCAUUCAAAACAAAAACUAUUAAAAAGAAUUAUGAACUUUUUGUUGUUGUCUACUUUUCUGAAAAACCCCAAAAAAUCAAAACAAGUUUUUUAAGUAAAGCUCUCUCAUCACUGAAGCACAUUCAUCCAUCACCCCCACGUGACUUCAGAAUUGUGGAAGACAUGCUUCCAAACAUUGAUGGAGUCUAUAAACAGCUUAGAAAUGGCUGUCCACUUACACCUACUCUCCUGACAAUGUCUCUGAAACAUCUAGCCAGUACUAGAAAAAUCUUUAAUGUGGAUUAUUUGAUAUUUGCUAUGAUCGUGGCCAAACGUCUCCGUGUGUUACUGGAAUGUCCUAAGAAAAACAGCUAUCCAAACACUGACUGUUACAUUGCAGCUUUCUCCACAAGACCAGUAAGAAUUGAAUGGGCCUUCUUAAAGGAGAUCCUGUCAGACCUGUGCGAAAAUUGGAAGACUAACAAAGCAGAAAAACAACAACCACUAGGUGAUUUCAAAAUUCUUGAGGCUUUAGGAUUCCACAAGGAUUUCUGGGUUUUAGACUAUAUUCUCCCUAAGGUCAGCAGCACUGAUGGUGACAUGAGAGAGUUACAAGAGGGCUGUCCACUCACUAGGCCACUAAUGAGUUUGAUCCUGAGGUACCUGGAGAUUCACAUCACAGAGAAUGACUACGAUACUCACAUCUGCCACUUCAGGCAGGUCAUGCAUAAAAACAUUUACACUCCUAAAUAUUUCAGCAUUUUGGAGAAGUUUCAUGUAAAUGAAAUAUUGGAGUAUUGGUUAAGUGAAAAUGAAAUAUUGGAGUAA